UGUAAGUAGUGUUGGUUACUGUUUUCUGCUUGUGUCCGACUUCCUUCUUCGCCAGUUGCAAAAGGACAUUAUUCUGAAUCAUGGGCUGUGGUUCGUCCAAUGCUGCAGGGAGCUACCAAUCCGAUGUCAACACCAUGUGGAAUCAAGUCAGACGCACAGUGGACUCAUCCACUAAGACGAACGACAAGAAACUGGUCAUUCGUCGCUCAGGGUGGAAAACAGUCAGGAUCUUUGUGUCGUCCACUUUCAGAGACUUCCAUGCUGAGAGAGAAAUACUGAUCAAAGAGGUAUUUCCUGAUCUGCGUGUGUGGUGUGAGAAGAGACGUCUUCAUCUUGUAGACUGUGACCUCAGAUGGGGAAUUCCAAAGGACACUACAACAGAAGAAACACUUCGGACAUGUCUGGGUGAAAUUGACAGAUGUUAUCAAGAUAACGUUAUGCCAUUCUUCCUGAAUCUUACAAGUGAGCGUUGUGGUUGGAUUCCUAAUCAGAUGGAGGUGCCACCAUCAAUCCGUUCCGACUAUCGCUGGAUUCAGGGUUUGUCCGUCACAGAAAUGGAGAUCAUGCAUGGUGCCUACCGUAAAGACAAUUUCAACUCGCUGUUUAUGAUACGAGAUUCUAGUUUUCUACAAGAAGUUCCUAAAGAACAUCACAAGGAUUUUGUGGAUGUUAAUCCCAUCGCUCCUGCUAAGCUGCAGAUGUUGAAGCAGAUGCUGAAGGAUCGAUUCAGGAAAGACCAAGUGAGUUUCUACAACUGUGAAUUUGACGGAGUCAAUAACCAGGGAAAGGUGGAAUUCAACGGGUUGGAGAAGACCUUAGGAAAGAUGGUGUAUGAAUUCUUCCAGAGGAGGAUCACAGAACAGUAUCCUCUUGAAGAUGGUGUUCUGGACCCUUACCAACAAGCCAAAGAAGCUCAUGAGUCCUUCAUGAAGAACCGUAGUGCCUCGGUCUUGGGAAGGACCAACAUUCUGGAACAGAUGAAAGAGCACAUCAUAGGGAUCGGUGUUGAUGUUCCCUUGCUACUCUUAGGAGGACCUGGGACUGGCAAAUCCUCAAUUAUGGCAAGGGUAGCUGAUGUGACGGUAGCAAAGGCACUCACCAAAGAAAUACCAGGGGGUGGGGAGCAAGGAUGGCACGUCUUCUACCAUUUUGUCGGUGCCGUACCAGGUUCACCAAAUCUUGAGAUGACUUUGAAACGCCUCUUAAGGGAGCUUGGAGAAGUCAAUGAUACAACGAUGCCUAAGGAUCUAGAGUCAGCAUGUCAAGUCACUUAUGCAGUGCUGUCAAACCCCAACACCAAGCCUGUCAUCAUUAUCAUAGAUGCCCUCAAUCAGUUUGAUGAAUGCAAGGAGGCCACUGUACUGAAUUGGUUACCAAGCAAACUUGGUCCUCAGAUUCGCUGCAUCUUUUCCAUGAUUGAUGAGACGCCACAACAUCAGACAUUGCAUUCAAGACCCAACAAGCCUCUGGAGGUGUAUGUCACUCCGCUGGACAUGUCAUCCAGAGAGGCAAUUGUUCAAGAGACUCUUGGAAAUUAUCAGAAGCGUCUUGAUGCAGAGCAGAUGGCCAGUCUACUCAGUAAAGAAUCUUCCCAGAAUCCUUUGUGGCUAUCGGUGGCAUGCGAGGAGCUGAGGGUGUACGGAAUAUUUGAAAAGCUCUCUGACAAGAUCAACAGCUUAGCCGACGGAUUACUCAAUCUGUUGGAGCAAGUCUUGACACGCUUUGAGGAGGAGAAUGGCGGGCAGUUACUGAUUGCCUCUCUGUGUCUUCUGGAAUGUUCCUGCCGCGGACUCCUUGAGACAGAGCUCUUGAACAUCUUGGGUGAUGAGGAUAACCUCAUGCCCGGGAAAAACAAGUCGGGAGAAAAGGGACAGGAAGAAAACAGAGAGAAAACAUCGGAAGACAUUAGUCCCCUCUCAGCUCACAAAUGGGCUCGCAUCUUUCGUGCCUUGAAGCCGUUUUUACGUCCGUUUGGCGACAGUGGAGAGGGGAGGCUGGAUUUCUAUCAUCGUGCACUCAGCAAGGCAGUCAGGGCAAAGUAUUUCGACAAUGGUCAACAGAACAACUCUGAAAUCAGCUCAGAUGGGAUCUACAAUUGGUGGCAUACCAAACUGGCCAACCAUUUUGAAGGGGUGACGAAUCUGGAGCGGAAGGCAGAGGAAUACCCACAUCAUUUGGUUAAGAUCAACGACAAGAAGCGUUUGAUAGAAUUCCUGAAGGACUGGGAUGUAUUUCAUCAUUAUUACAUAGAAGCAUUUAGCGGAGAGUUGUUGGCUCUUUGGAGACAGGCAUCGGACACCCAGAAAACAAUGGAGGAGUGUUACCUUAAGGCUCUUGAGGUCACGAAAGAUGACCCAAAAACCAACUUGGAGGACCUUGGUCUAUUAUAUGAGAAAGUUGCUCGAGUCCUUUCGCAGUCCAAUCAGCUUGAAGGUGGCUUUUCACUGCUGGAGAAGCUUUUUGCUGUUGAAGAAGAGCUUGGUAAUCGUCCGGAACGCAUGAUGGUGAAUUAUGACUUGGCUGCUUUAUUGUCUAAUGCGAAAUUUCAACUUCAUGACUUUAUUGUGAAAGCAAUGAUGCCAGAUUUAAAGCCUGCAAUACAGCAUCGAAUGAAGGCGUUGGAACUCAGUAAAGACCUCAAAGGAGAACAGUUUAGGUUUAAACGUGCCACUUCACUCACUGACCUGGCCUUUUGUCUACGGAACUGGAUUUACCUAGGAGGUGAUAAUUCAAUGACUCCAACUGAAUCUAGGAAACUUUUUUUUGACAGCAUCGAGGAAGCAAAGGAAAUAUUCAAGGAAUUGGGAGACCAAGCACAACUUGGAGACUGCAUCAUGACUGAAGCCAUGUUACGCGGGACUACUGAUAAACAAUUAGCCUUGAAGUUGUACAGAGAAGCCGAAGAGCUAAUUAUGCAGUCCUGUGGAGAGAUGAGCAUCCUAGGUUCUCGUAUUACCAUCAACUUGGCCAUCCUUUUUUUAAAGAUGGGGCGAGAUGAAGAAGCUUACGACCAUUGGCAACGAGGAAAAGUAUCCAAAAUAAUGCUGAAGGGGAUUGAUCAUCCAUCGACACAACGCGUCAUCAAUUCAUUGAAUACACCCAGGAUGAAAAGAGUCGCUGAGAAACGAGCCAAAGAAAAGGUUUUACUUUAAGCGACAAAAUUUAAGGAAAGAUUGAAUGAAAGUCACAUGUGAAAGUUUCAGCUGAAUACAAUGUCUACUUGUUGAGAAAGCGGCAAAAUAAUGUCAUAAUAAUGUUUGAACAGAAUAUUGAAUCUAACCAUAUUGUUUACAAGGUGACUGGGUACCAACCACGUCUCUGGCCAACUCUGAAAUUUGUAUUUAUUAUACUUGAAGUCUUUUUGCCCUCAAAAACAUUCUUUCGUUUUGAUGAGAAAAUAUUAAUGAAGUUGUAACACUGAAAUAUUGACUUAGAGUUGGAUUUUGUAAAGGGAAGGUGUAUGUUUGGUAAUCACUCUUGAAAUGAAUGACAAUAAAAACUUGGUUAUAGAAGUUCAGCAGCCUUCAAUAGUAUAUAUGAAGCAUUUUAACAAUCAAUUCACUUCUAGGUAUAAAUGUGAUUUGAGAAAAAGAUGUCAUUUUUUAUCCGCAAACAUUUGACUUUGUGUGUAUCAAUAACAUAAAAGUCUUCCUGCUUGAACACUUUUGCCAGGCAAAGUUUUUAAAAAUGUUUGAGUUUUAUUAUUGAAGCAUUAAUUUAUCAGAGUAUACUCUUAAGGUAAAGUUUAAACGUUUUUUAUAUCUAAACAUAAUUUACAUUCAUAUUUUGUGCAUUGCACGUCCUUUCAUCAUUCAAUAAAUGGACAAUAAAUAAAUCUAUUCUAUCUAUGAUAUUCUAUUCUAGUAAAUUUUUCUUUGUUCAACCCCAUUCAGUUUCCCUUGUGGUUUAUUAUUUAAAAUCAUUUAAAGUUGAACACAGACUUUGAAAAUGUUGGGAAGUCUCUCUAAAUGCAAAGAUAAUAAUAGAUCUUGUUUUUUAGAUUGACAAAAAAAAUGUAUAUUUUUGUUUAAAUGUAACUUUUUGUGUCUCAAUAGCAACAAUCUUUUCACAGAUAUAUAUUUUUAUUUUUAAAGCGCCUUUACACCUUAUUAAAAAAUGUAGGCCUACUGUUAAAUUAUAAGAACUAGUUAUUAAUAGUAGUAUAUUAUUUAAGUAAAAGAUUGUUAACAGAGUUCAGCUCCAUUAUAGUCCCAUCUGAUAAAGGUUAUCUCAAAUUUGUGAUUUUUUUUUUUGGUUAAAGUCAUACAAUAUCACGAGAAUUUUACACAUGCAUGAUAGCAAAUAUUUGUUUAAUUUUUAAACUUGUGGAGCAUUCAAUAUUGUAUUUUUCUUUCAAGUUUAUUCAAAUUGUACAGAAUAUUGAUGAUAUAUAUAAAUAUUGUAUAGGAAGAACAGGGAAAUAAAUAACACUUGGC